AUGGAGUCUCCAGGUUCCAGACAUCGGCGUAAUGCAUCAAUAAAAGCUACUCGCCCGCGAAGCGCUACCAAGGGGCCUUUGGAUGCGCCAGAUGACGCUGCGCCGGCGGUUACCACCGUCCCCAUACGAUCCCAAUCCCGCACUCCUCUGGGAUGCACAAGCGCGUCUCCCGCAUCUCUCCCUCUGCUAUCGAUGUUGUCAAUUGACGAUGCCCUAUCCGUUUCUACGGAUAAAAGCUUCGCAUACCUUUUACGGCCCGAUAUCUACCAUCCUCUCUCUUUACUAAAUAUAUCACCAGCUUUCCGUUCGGAGAUUCCCACUCCUUCUCCGGAUGAGCCCUUACCAACUUCCCUGGCCACUCUCGAAAACCUUUUGAAUGAUGGUCACUUCCUUCUUGCGGCGCAUUUAUCAGCGGCUAUUCUAACGUCAUCCGCCCUAUCCCACGACGAUCAUAAGAAGAUAUUUUCACUCCUAUACAUUCGCCUAGCUUGUCUAGAGCUAACUGGGAAUACCCUUUUAGCGGCACAAGAGGCGAAAGCACUGGAGGAUCUAAGUUCGGACUUUUACUAUGUUGACAUCAAGCCAGAGGCUGAGGGGACAUCUAGCGACGCUGGUCAAGGUGUUCAGACUCAGCAUAUCGUCCCAUGGCCCCUUCGUGUCCUUGCUGCGAGAUUACAAAGCAUUGGAUUUGGAGACUCGAGAAAAGGUAUCAGUGGCUUGUAUGAACUUGGGCUAGAAGCUAGAAAACGUUUAUCGCACAAGGGACUUGGACAGGACGAGAGGAAGGUGUGGAAGUCUAGACUGGCAGAUUUGAGGAUCAGGGUAGUAAAUACGCUGAUAGAAAUGAACGACUUGGACGCUGCACGGAGAUCUCUUGCAAACCUGAAAGUCCCACCCAAGGAACAAGCAUUAAUGACCUCACGGAUGACGCUAUUAUAUCUCAAAGUGGGAGAUGUCGAAGCGGCACGACAACUGUUGGAUAAUUCUCCUAUUGAGGCAGGAGGUGUCCUGCAUUGUUUGUUGUGCAUGGCAGAGGGUCGAUAUGCUGAUGCAGUCUCCGGGUGGGAAGCGCUUCGGGCAAGCCACGUUGGAGAAGAAGAUGAAGCUCUAAUUGCACAAAAUUUAGCAGUGUGCUUAUUGUAUACAGGGAAGUUGAAUGAGUCUCGCGAGCUCCUUGAAUCUUUGGUGAACAACAACCAUUCGUUUCAGAGCCUUACGUUUAAUCUAGCGACAAUAUAUGAGUUAUGUUCUGAAAGGUCAAGAUAUCUCAAAUCCGACUUGACUGAACGGGUUGCCAGCCAACCACUCUCGCGAAUCAGAAAUUGGGAAAGAUCAAAUGCGGAUUUCAAACUAUAA